AUGGCGAUGGAGAAGCAGGCUAUUCCUCCGCAUCUGAACUUCGAGUCUCCGAACGAGAAUGGUGCAUUUGAUGCAUUGAACUUGGAAGAUCCCCCUCAGGUCGGUGAAAGCGAGGAAAAUGAGGAAGAGUUGCUCGAUCAACUGGCUUUUACCCUCGGACAGCGACGCACCCGGUUUCCUUGCACCAUAGCCUGGAGUGGCUCGUCAAUCACUGAAGCAUACGCCACCCUCGAUGCCCCAGGUUUGACAACCCAGCGCAGUAUGCGUGUGCCACGCGUGGGAAUGGUAUUUACUGGCCAAGGCGCGCAAUGGUUUGCCAUGGGUCGCGAGCUGCUCGACGCAUACCCGGUCUUCUGUGAUACCAUACACGAGGUCGACGCUUGCUUAAAGUCAAUGGGGGCUAUGUGGUCUGCACUCGAGGAACUGCAGCGAAAUGCCGAGGAAAGCCGUCUCAACCAGGUCGCGUAUAGUCUGCCACUGAGCGUGGCUAUUCAGCUUGCUCUGGUCGACCUGCUACGUUCUAUCCUGCAGGAGUCACCGCUCAUUCCAGUGGAGAGGUCGGUGCUGCCUACGCCGCCGGAGCCAUCACCCUGA